GAUCCACGAGCAGCGCCCCGCCGCUCGUUGCCGAACGGCCGGCUGCGGCGGGGCAGCCGGUCAAACGCCGCCGCCGCCGUGCGGGGCAAAUCCGUCCAACUAACCACCGCGCAGCGCGGUCCUCGCCUCCGUACUGCCACGGGUACGCGGUCCGGUGCCUCCGCGCGUCGCGUGUAUAUAAAUGAACCCUCCGCGCCGCACUAUGCACCCCCACCGACCCAACCGCACCACGCCGACGGCCCGGCCAUGAGGAAGCCGACGAAGCGGCGCUCGAGGUUGAUCAGGGGUGGUGGCGCCGAGGCGGCCACGUUAGCGGCGAAGCGGAGGGUCGCGUUCGGUCACGGCGGCGUCGACGCGUUCGACCGCCUCCCCGACGACCUCGUCCUCGCCGUGCUCGCCGGGCUCGCGGCGCGCGCAGGGAGCCCCGCCGACCUCGCCGCGGCGGCGAUGACGUGCAGGAGGUUCCGGGACCUCGCGGCGCACCCCGCGGUGCUGUCGCGGGCGGCGACGGCGGCCGUCGCCGUCCGCGCGGGGGGUUGGUCGGAGGCGGCGCACAGGUUCCUGCGGCGGUGCGCGGCCGCCGGCAACCUGCACGCCAGCUACUUCCUCGGCAUGGUCAGGUUCUACUGCCUCGGGAGCAGGGCGGCGGGGGCGGCGCUGCUGGCGCGCGCGGCGGCGGGCGGGCACGCGGCCGCGCUGUACGCACUCUCCGUGGUGCGGUUCAACGGCAGCGGCGGCGGCAAGGCGGACAAGGACCCGCGCACGGGCGUGGCGCUGUGCGCGCGCGCCGCGUGGCUGGGCCACGUCCCGGCGCUCCGCGAGCUCGGCCACUGCCUCCAGGACGGCUACGGCGCGCGCCGCGACGCCGCGGCCGGCCGCCACCUCCUGCUCCACGCCGCGGCGCGCGAGCUCGCCGCCGUCUCGUCGGCGCGCCGUCGCGGCCGCGCCGCGGAGGACGACGGGGGCGCGGCCGCGGCGGCCAGCCGGUUCAUGGUGGAGUGGUGGGCGCUGAUGAGCGCCGAGAAGCCCGCGGCAGCUGCGGGAGGAGGAGGCGGCUGCGGCGCCGGCGACGACGCGGAGGAGCUGCGCCUGUGCUCGCACGCGCGGUGCGGGCGGCGGGAGACGCGGCGGCAUGAGUUCCGGCGGUGCUCCGUGUGCGUGUCCGCCAACUACUGCUCGCGCGCGUGCCAGGCGCUGGACUGGAAGCGCGUGCACCGCGGCCAGUGCGGCGCGGCGGCCGCCGCCGCACGCUGCCUCGCCGCCGGGAACGCGUACUGAACGCACGCUGGCCGCUCGACGACGACACGUGCGGCGCACAUGUACAUAUCUCUUGUGCAUACUAGCUAGGUAGGGUAGUCGUAGCAAGUUAGGUGUUCUUUUCUGUCGACGUGAGUUCCGAGUAGUGAUUAAGUUAAAUGAAGUAGAAAUCUUCACAAACCACCAAUCUAGACAUUGUUAAUUAUCUACAUAUUUGCGUUGAUUUAUAUCCAUGAGUAGUUAAUAAGGAUGAUGGCGAUGGUACCAGGGAUGUUUGUGUAGGUUAGGCACAGCAUGCCAUCGGCGUGUUAGGGUUUUCUUUUCUCGUGAAAAAGAUAGAAAAGCAAGCCAAGUUGUUCAUGGCGCUGUCAUUCUUCUUUUUUUUUAGAUUUACUCCUUUUUUGAGAUUUACUUCUUCUAAGGUGAUUUAGAUGUUAUAUUUGCGUAAGUUACCAACGUGGACUGUUGGAUCCUGUUC